GGUUCCCGGCCAACCCAGGGCCCCGAGCGCAAGCUGCGCUCCGGCCCUCUGCUGCCGCUGGGGCGGCCUCUCCAUGGCAACGGAGGGGUCCGCCUUUUCCGGCCCCGCAUGGCGUCGCCUCUUCCGGCGCCAGGCGCGGGACAAACAUGGGGACAAUACAUCUAUUUCGCAAAUCACAAAGAUCAGUAGUUGGCAAAUUAACACAGGAAUUUAGAUUGGUAGCAGCUGAUAGAAGGUCCUGGAAGAUCUUACUGUUUGGUGCAAUAAACUUAAUAUGUACUGGUUUUCUGCUUAUGUGGUGCAGCUCUACUAACAGUAUAGCAUUAACUGCAUAUACGUACCUGUCAAUCUUUGAUCUUUUCAGUUUGAUAACAUGUCUAAUAAGCUACUGGGUAAUGAUGAAGAAACCUAGCCCAGUCUAUUCAUUUGGAUUUGAGAGGUUUGAAGUGCUAGCAGUAUUUGCAUCCACAGUUCUGGCACAGCUAGGAGCUCUUUUUAUCCUAAAAGAAAGUGCAAAACGGUUUCUGGAACAACCUGAGAUACACACGGGGCGACUGUUAGUUGGUACUUUUGUGGCUCUUUUUUUCAACUUGUUUACAAUGCUUUCCAUAAGGAAUAAGCCUUUUGCUUAUGUCUCUGAAGCUGCUAGUACAAGUUGGCUUCAGGAGCAUGUUGCAGAUCUUAGUAGAAGUCUCUGCGGAAUCAUUCCAGCGUUGAGCAGCAUCUUCCUUCCACGAAUGAAUCCUUUUGUAUUGAUUGAUCUUGCUGGGGCUUUAGCUCUUUGCAUCACGUAUAUGUUAAUUGAAAUCAACAAUUAUUUUGCUGUAGAUACAGCCUCUGCAGUAGCUAUUGCUUUGAUGACCUUUGGCACCAUGUAUCCUAUGAGUGUGUACAGUGGAAAAGUAUUGCUUCAGACUACCCCACCUCAUGUGAUUGGUCAGCUAGAUAAACUUCUUAGAGAGGUUUCUACUUUGGAUGGUGUUCUGGAGGUUCGAAAUGAACAUUUCUGGACAUUGGGCUUUGGUACUUUGGCUGGAUCAGUACACGUGCGCAUUCGGAGAGAUGCCAACGAACAAAUGGUUCUUGCUCAUGUGACUAAUCGGCUGUAUACCCUCGUGUCUACUUUGACUGUUCAGAUUUUCAAAGAUGAUUGGAUCAGACCAACUUUAUCAUCUGGGCCUCUUGCAAACAAUAUAUUGAGCCUUUCAGAUCAUCAUAUUAUUCCAAUGCCACCUUUAAAGGCUGCUGAUAAUUUGAGCCCUGUUACAUCAACACCAGCUAAACCUAGCAGCCCGCCUCCAGAAUUUUCUUUUAACACACCAGGCAAAAAUAUGAAUCCAGUUAUUCUUCUGAACACUCAGACAAGGCCCUAUGGAUUAGGCUUCAAUCAUGGAUCUGGACCAUACAGCCAUAUGUUCAAUCCAGGAUUUGGAGUACCAGGAAUGGGAGCAGCUCAAGGAUUCCGGACUGGUUUUACAAAUGUUCCAAACAGAUAUGGAACUAAUGCGAAAGGGCAACCCAGACCACAAUAAACUCCAUUUGUCAUUAUUUAUUGUACUGAAGGCUAUUGACUUCUCAGUUGUUUUUCUUUUAUUGCCCAAUUUUUAUAAAAUAUUAGAGCAUUCUCUAAAUGACUGGGAACAAUUGCAUUGUUCAUAUUCAUAAAACAAUUGAAAUGCUUUUACUUUUUUUACACUAAUCUGUAUGAUGCUGCAAGUAUUCUACAAGCUUGUGAAAUUUUAGAUACAUUUUCUAGUUACUGAGUUUAUUCCUAUUCAGUUUUUCUAUUCAUGUUUCUCCUACUCCCUCCUCCCCAUAUCAUAUCAAAAUACAGCAUUAUCAUAGCUCCGUGAGAGCAAAACUGAAUGAGUAGCAUCCUUUCCUUCAACUGAGAAUUGUUUCUGAAUUGUUUCCUGAUUGGUGACCAGUUAAGAGAAUGGGAAGUGUUGCUGUUCCAAACAAGUCUUUAUUUUAUUUCUUUGACCACUGUGUAAUAAACCUUUGGCAAAGUUGCAGCUAGCUUCUCCUUCACUGGAGAAGUCUGUCCUUUUUUUUUUAAUCAACACAUUGUAUUGGACAUCUUGAGGACAAACUUAAAUUUUUUAAAUUCUAAUUGGCCAUGCGUUCAUUUUAUAUUUAUUAUUGAUUUGUAUUAUUGACAUACAAAGGGUUCAAACAACUGUUUUCUAGUUGUAAUAGUUCCAUAUUCACUUCUGUAUUUUUUUUUUU